UAAUUGAGUUGAAAGAAAAAUAAUAACACCGGCGGCGGACUUUAUUCAGAAGAAACCCUACUUUCUUUCAAUAAACCCAAAUUACGACGGCGAUGGACGGAGCUCCGAUACUGGAGGAUGGCUUCCCGGCGGCGAGAUUGUUCAGCCAGGGGUACUCCUACACGUACGACGAUGUGAUCUUCCUACCUGGCUACAUCGAUUUCCCCACCGACGCGGUGUCGCUGUCCACCAAGCUCAGCCGCCGCAUCGCGCUCGCGACGCCGUGCGUGUCUUCUCCUAUGGACACUGUCACCGAAGCAUCCAUGUCGGCGGCUAUGGCUUCUCUCGGCGCCAUCGGAUUUAUCCACUCCAACAUCCCGGCUUCGACGCAGGCUGCUCUAAUCCACCUCGCCAAGUCGCAUAAAAUCCCAUUCUCUCAUGAAAUCGUCUAUAAAUCUCCCUCAGAUUCGAUUCUGUCUCCCGACGAAUUCUCUUCCGCUCCCUGCGUUUUUGUCACCGAGUCGGGGAGUGGUAAAUCCAAACUUUUAGGCAUCGUGAAGAAAUCUGAUUGGGAGAAAUUAGACGAUAAGGAAAUCACUGUUUCCAAGUACAUGGUAAAGUCGCCGGCGGCGCUUCCGGCAACCAACAGCUUUGAGGACGUGGCCGGUUAUUUAGCCAAAGAACACCUCGAUUUCGUGCCGCUGGUGAGAGAUGACUCUGCAGAUGGAGAUGAAGUCGUGAAUUUUGUGACUCGUGAUGAUGUGGAGAGGAUAGAGGGAUUUCCCAAAUUGGGGAUGCCAUCUUUGGGGCCUGACGGGAAGUUUCUUGUGGGGGCUGCAAUAGGGACUCGGGAAUCCGACAAAGAGAGGCUGGAGCAUUUGGUUAAAGCCGGUGUGAAUGCAGUGAUUGUCGACAGUUCUCAGGGGAAUUCAAGCUAUCAGAUUGACAUGAUUAAGUAUGCAAAGAAGACAUAUCCAGAUUUGGAUUUGAUUGGUGGAAAUGUGGUGACUACAUACCAGGCGCAGAACUUGAUUCAGGCAGGAGUCGACGGCCUCAGAGUAGGGAUGGGAUCGGGUUCCAUUUGCACCACCCAAGAAGUUUGCGCCGUUGGUCGAGGACAGGCAACUGCUGUUUACAAGGUUUCGACGAUUGCAUCCGAGAGUGGUGUGCCUGUGAUAGCUGAUGGGGGGAUAUCAUAUUCCGGCCAAAUUGUGAAAGCUCUAACUUUAGGUGCAUCAACUGUAAUGAUGGGAAGUUUCUUGGCUGGAAGUACUGAGGCUCCUGGUGUGUAUGAAUAUCAGGGUGAUCGCCGGGUAAAAAAAUAUAGAGGAAUGGGGUCCCUAGAAGCAAUGACCAAAGGGAGCGACGCAAGAUACUUGGGUGAUAAAGCUAAGCUGAAAAUUGCUCAGGGUGUGGUUGGUGCCGUGGCUGAUAAAGGCUCUGUAUUGAAAUUCUUACCCUACACAAUACAAGCUGUAAAGCAAGGAUUCCAGGACCUCGGCGCCUCGUCCCUGCAAUCUGCCCAUGACCUCCUAAGAUCAGGCGUCCUACGGUUGGAGGUUAGAACAGGAGCAGCUCAAGUUGAAGGUGGAAUUCAUGGGUUAGUCUCGUAUGAAAAGAGAUCGUUUUAAUCAAUUUUCGAACGGUUCCCUGUUACGUCUUGUCGUCUAUUUGAGAUGAUUAUCUUGUUGCAUUGGAUCUGUACAAGUUAACUUCUGGAUUGGUAUUUAUAUCAAACUGAGGAAGCAACCAGUAAUUAUUAUUA